AUGCGGUCUUUCGUGCUUGUCUCGUUGUUCGGGUGCUUCUCAGCAACAACAUGGGGGCAAUUCGUCGAGAUCCCAACCAAUUUCACCAAUACCAAGGGAUACCUCGAUAUCCCCGUUCGCUACAAGGAAGUUCCUACUGGAAUUUGUGAGACGGAUCCUAGCGUGAAGAGCUUCUCCGGCUACGUUGACGUCGCCGAGCACGAGCAUAUUUUCUUCUGGUUCUUCGAGGCGCGGAAUCAGGAUCCAAAGCAUGCCCCAUUGACUGUCUGGAUUAAUGGAGGUCCUGGUUCUUCCUCCAUGAUUGGCCUGUUUCAAGAAAAUGGCCCUUGUGGAAUCGACUCCAAUGGUUCCAUAUACAACAAUCCUCACUCCUGGUCCAAUCCCGUCCAAACCGGCUUCUCGUAUAGCAUUCCUGUCCCGGGCUAUGUUGAUUCCUCCACGGACGAUGUUAUUACUUUACCGUCAACAACCUGCCCCGACUACGCGUCUGACCUCUCGUGCGGGACGUACUCGUAUCCUAAUGUCAGUCUGACGGCUAAUUCGACUGAUAACGCAGCGCCCAAUUUCUACCGUACCCUACAGGGCUUUAUGGGGGCCUUCCCGCAGUACUCCAGAGAGGAAUUUCACUUUACCACUGAGAGUUACGGGGGACAUUAUGGUCCGGUUUUUGACGAGUAUAUCGAGCAGCAGAAUGCAAACCUCCCUCAUGGCGCUAAAAAGGUCAAGUUGAGAAGCGUGAUGAUUGGCAAUGGCUGGUAUGACCCGCUUAUUCAAUACCAGGCGUAUUAUAAUUUCACGGGCUCACAGGUCUACCCGGGGAAUACGUACGACUACCUGCCUUUUAACGAGUCUAUAAGCUCCAUGCUGUAUAACAACUUAUAUGGCCCCGGAAACUGCGUUUCUCAGCUGCUGGACUGCGCAGCUCGAGGAACUAAUGAAAUCUGCAGCACGGCCGACUCGUUCUGUGCUAACCUGGUCGAGAACGUCUAUGACACCUACCUUGGCCGGGAUGAAUAUGACUUCCGCGAGCUCACUCCGGACCCAUUCCCUUACUCAUUUUACAUUAACUAUCUCAAUCAACCCUCAGUACAGGCUGCAAUCGGCGCCUAUGUUAACUACACCGAAAGCAACAAUGCCGUAUACCUGGCUUUCUCGUCCACUGGCGAUGAUGGCCGCCUCAUGCGUACUACGGAAGACAUUGCCAAGCUUGUUGAUCAAGGUGUAACCGUCGUCAUGUACGCGGGAGAUGCCGAUUACAAUUGUAAUUGGCUUGGUGGUGAGGCCGUGUCCAUCGAAGUCGGGGCGCCACACUUCAGCAGCGCGGGUUAUACGGACAUCAUCACCUCCGAUGGCAUCGUACAUGGGCAGGUUCGACAAUCCGGCCGGUUUGCGUUCGUCAGAGUGUACGAAAGUGGCCAUGAAGUGCCAUUCUACCAGCCAGUUCUUGCCCUGGAGCUCCUUGAGCGCGUUAUUUAUGGGAAAGAUGUUGCUACCGGUAAACUCUCCGUGCGACCUGGAUAUCAAACAAUUGGAACCCCAAAAAGCACUUAUCGAGAAGGGAAUAGUACCCUGCAAUGGGAAGUGACAAACUCGUUGGCAACCUAUAAUACCACCACAAAUGCGCCCAACCCGACAAGCAGAAAGUCCAAGAGAGCAGGAUUGAAGAACGCUGCACUGCGGUUUAGAAUGUAA